AUGGCGACUGCUGCUGUCGAGGACCUCCACCCGGACUUGAUCGCCGGCGUGAUCCGCCUUCUCGACGGGCCUACGCUCGCCUCGCUCAGCUGCGCCAACGUCCGCUUUCGCUCCCUCGCCGGCGAGCCCGACCUCUGGCGCGACCUCUGCCUCUCCUCCUGGCCGUCCCUCGGCCACCCGCGCCUACUCCGGCUUUUCGCGUCCUCGCAUCGCUCCUUCUUCGCCGACGUGUUUCCUUCCCCUGUUUGCACCGUCGCCGACUUCGCCUGCGGCGGCGACGGCGAAUCCAGCCUUCCGUCGGAGCUCAUCUCAGCCGUCGACCUCCGGCACCGCGGAUCGGUUGUCUUGUCUCUCGUCGUCGAGACGGACACGUCGACGUCGUGGUUCAUGGCCGCGCCGUUCCGCAUCGACGCCGACGCGGAGAGGAAGGGCGAGGGAGGUUCCGCUGUUUUCUCGCCCGAGGAGCUGACGCUGAGCUGGGUCGUGAUCGACCCACACCAUCGGCGUGCAGUGAGCGCGACGAGCCGCCGACCGGUGACUGUUGACCGGCACUGGAUCACCGGCGAGAUGGUUGUGCGUUUCGCGCUGGUGCUCGGCGAGGAGUGCGCCGUCGUGGCGGUGGUCAAGAUUGGAGAGGAAACAGGGCAGGUGCGGGAGAUAUACCUGGUGGCCGAGGGCGUGGAAGGCGCGUGUUUGAGCGGGAGGGAGGGUCUGGCGGUGCUCCGGUCGGCCAUGGAGGGCGGCCGGAGGCGAGGAGAGGAGCACGGCGCAAAGAAGCGGUGGGAGGAAUUCUCCGGGCGACGGCAGAAGAUGAAGGAGACAGCGGCGAAAAUGGAGAGGUUAGUGGAUUUGGCCUGCGCCGCUGUGGGCGCCGCCGCUUUCUUGGCGCUCUUCGCCCUCGCCGUCGCCAGGUAAAAAUCGUCGGAUUAAGUACCGGUCCGGCUGAACCAGAGUGAUCUGAGUCGUCCGUUUAACCCCACCCUCACAUCUCAACCGUACGAUUCGCACACUCGAAUAAUAUUUUUUGUUUUCUUUCUUUGCGAUAUCUUGAGAUACACAUUUGUACAUGAAUGAUAUACAAAGUAUAUAAAAUGGCUAGAAAUGGACCUGGCUUCUCCUCCACUA